UAUAGUAUAGUCAAAAAAAGCGGAAGCUUUCUUACAUUUUCCUGAAUGGUAUUAUACUAUGUAUCUGAGAGAGUUAUAAUAUUCUGUUGCUCAAUGUAAUUUCGUAGAUUUACGAACUUUCAAGUGAAAUGACGUAAACAAUUUUCCCCAAAUCUUUCAUAGCGUAUUUCGGGGAUUGAUAAGAAUGUCAUUUGCUCGCCAAUGGUGAGAGAAAGAAAGAGUUAGAAAUGUUAUGUUUAUAUUACUGCAAAUAGGACACAUUUGUGAGCUCAGAAUAUCGAGGAAAAAUGGAAUGCGCCGAACGGAAGUAUCUGUGUACAAUUUAAUGCUAUGCCACGACAGUCUUACAUCGCGUGCCCUGACAUUUCGUUUGUCGACGAUGUCAAAAUUGUAGGUACUGUCAUGGACACAGAUGUGGAACUUGGGAAAAGUGAAGGGUGUGAAACUAUCCCAGGCUGUUCCGGUUACUCUAGCAUGGUGCACAGCAAGAAAGUUAUUAAACAUGCGUUACGACAGCAAGCCAAACGGCGUAGGAAGAACACGACAAUAGCGGCGGGCAAUUCCCGCGCAUUACCCAGAAUCGUUGUCAAACCAUUACCUCCACCUCCGUCAAAUGAUCCACCAUCUCCAGUUAAUAAUGUACAACACAUCAAUACUGCAGCAGAAGAACCUGCUGCCACAAUGAGAGAAGUUUUGGCUAGUUUACCUGGAUUUAGCUUGAAGUCAGGCCGCAGGCGAUCCACAAAGAGAUUAUCAGCAACUGCACAAUUAGAAGCAGGUCUUGUGGAUUUGGAAUCUCCAGCGAGCAUAUUAGCAAGUACCAGUUUACGUGCUCUGUUAAAUAGGCAUACAUUCCAAGGCUUACCUCCACUGUAUCAACGGAAGCUCGCACAAUUGUUACCUGCUGUAGAUAGACAGGAUGCUGCAAUUUCUGGGUUAAACAAUGAAUUUUUUGCAAGAGCUUGUUUAGAAUGGCGGAAACGUUUAGCGGAAGGAGAAUUCACUCCAGAAAAUCAACAACGCUUGAAAAUGGAGGCCGAACGAGAUAAGAAUAAGCUAGAUCCAUGGAAAGUGAAACAUUUCGAACCAAUAUGGGGAGAGAAACGAGAGCCUAAACUUAAAUCAAGUCUCCAUUAUAUUACUGAGUCACGUUCUAGUGGUGCAGUAACACGUUCAAGUUUAAGACUUCGUUUGGAAUCUAAUGUGGAUAUUCCUGCAUCAGAACAUGUCUAUCCCAUUGUAAUGACAGGAGAUAAAGUCGAUACUAGUUGCAAGACCGAAAUUAACAUAAAGAGUUCUGAUAAUUUAACUAAUUCUGAAGAAGUGCAGCAAAAUAUGAUGGAUUUAGAUUAUAACACAUUAUCAAACAAUUUGACCGAUGAGAAAUUAAAUAAUUCUAUGCAAAUGAAUUCUAUAGAGAUAAUAGAAGAUAUUCAAAUACAUGAAAGUAAAACGGAAGAAACUGGAAAGAUCACAGAUAUUUGUGAGAAACAAGAUAUAAUUGAGACUAAUGACAUUACAAGGCAACUUUGUCAAGAUAACAUCUCUAAUAUUUAUGAAGAAGAAACAGAUUUUUCCUCCAGUGAAAAAAAUUUGCAACCUGCAGAAAAUAAUGUAAUUGAAACAUUAGAGGAGGAUACUGUACUAUUGCCCGAUGGUAAUUCAUCACCUAGAUCUAACGAACAAGUAGAACGUACGUCACACACGUCUGGAGAAUCAAUUUCGCAUUUAUCCAAUGAAUAUGUAUCGCAGACAUCUAUGGAUCAAAUAGAUCAAAUUUCGAAGGAUCAGAUUUCACAAAUAUCUAAUGAUCAAAUUUAUCAGAUAUCGGAUUGCGAAACUACAAGUAUCCUUGAAGGUUCGUCACCAAAGGAUGAAGUAAGACCGACAGAUAUUGUUAUAGAGGACACAAAUAUGAUGAGUAAUGAUCAACCUGAAACUGCACAUGUUUCGCACGAGAAUCCAACAGAUAGUGAAUCACAAAUUCCAGAAGGAAUGGAAAUUGAUAGUGAAACCUUACAGCGUAUUCAUGAACUCGAGGUACGAGGUGAAAUGCGUGAAAUGUAUGAAGAGAUUUCGGGAUGUCCCGAAGAGAUAAUAUAUCCUAUUCUUGAGGGAAUGGAAAUGACUUCAACCAAUACAGAGGUAACCGAACCGCAAGUAUCUGGACAAACUGAAGAUAGUAGGGAAACAGAUGUAAAUGCCGGUAAUGAGGAUGAAGCUCUCCGGGAGGCAAAUAAUUAUGUCUGUUCUGAAAUGCUAGAAUGCAGUUGGUCGGUGGAUCCAACUGUUAAUAUCAGUAAUAAUAAUAGAACGCAAGAGGAGCUGCAGGUACCUUGGCCUUUGGUGGCAGCUGCUCUUGAUGGAUCUGUAGCAGCUAAUAUUACAGUAACAACACAAGAUGAAUGUAGCGAGACCUCUACAACAACCGACUCUACGACUCCUUCGCAACAAUUUAUUAACGCAGAUACCAAUGUAGAAUCUGUAAAUUGUAUUCAAUUACCGGUUGUUCAAGGAACUACGUUUCAAUCCGACGGCUUAGCCAUCACGCGAAGCAGCUGCGUUAUGAAGAGCUUACAAUCGCAAAGUCCGCCGAUUAUCACAUUUCCACAAUUGCAGUCUAUCAGAUUUGUGCAAACCAGUUUUAAUCCAGACCAAGAUGCAACGUCUUUGCUCACAAAUAACUCGCCUACAAUCUCAGCACAACUUCAGCCUCAACAAAGUACUACCGCGCAAAUAAAUAUGAUACGAACGCAAGAUACUAUCACUCAAAUAAAUACUCAAAACAAUAAUACAUGCAAUAAUGUAAAUCAGAAUGCUAUUGUGACGCAAGGUCAAGUACAAAAUACUUUAUCAACUACGAUGGGAAUACAAUCUCAGAAUCGUGCACAGAAUGCGAUUGUUAUUCAACAUCAGACUGCUGCUUCAGCUCAACCUCGACAAAUUGCAGCUGUUAUGCAUCAACAACAACAGCAGCAGCAGCAACCACAGCAGCAACAACAGCAAUAUGCCGGAUCAUCGGUAACAAUUCCGUCGCGAUCAUCGCGCGUGUCUAAUCAAGGCAGCCAAAGAGGCUCCAGAAAUAAUAAAGAACAAGGAGGAAGUAGAUCCAGAAGUUCUACAAAAGAACCUCCAGGCGCUGUCAAUUUGGAGCGUAGUUAUCAGAUAUGUCAAGCGGUUAUACAAAGUUCACCAAAUAGAGAUCAAUUAAAAGCUCACUUAAAACCACCACCUAGUUUACUUGCAAGAGGAGAUGGUGCAUUCACAACCAGUAAAUCUGGUGGACGCACCUUAACAACUGUCAAACCUCAGAAAACGCAACAAGCGAUACAACAUAACAAACAAGCUCAAAAUAAAACACAAGCAGUUAUGCUGAGACACGUAUUUGCUACAGCGCGUCAAACUACAUCAACGGAGGUUACAGAAAGCACCCCUAUAGCGCAGCUUGGUUCCAACACCAGUAACAAUUUCGGGCAAUAUAUACUUGUACAAAGGACAGGAGUUGGAGAUGGUGCACCAAGAGCGUCAUCCGCUCCACCAUUACCGCCGCAAAUUGCAGGGAUGGGCGUCGGGGUUCAUUUAGUGCGAGGAAGACCAGCGAGCGCAGGGGAAGGCUCUCAUCAAGCUGUUACUUUGAAAGCGAGAGGUGCGGAUAGCAGAGUGACAGGCGGUGCGGAGCCUAGUGCACCCGGCAUGAUAAUCGGCGGUGACCCACCACCCCCAUGUGAAUGUAAUAUGCGAGGAGCCAUGGUAAUUUGUCGGCAGUGUGGUGCCUUCUGUCACGAUGAUUGCAUCGGGCCUCAACGUAUCUGUGCUACCUGCCUCAUACGUUAAUCAUUCUUUAUCCAACACUGUUCGUGUAUAACUUUAAUAAGCCCGUUAUAAGAGUGCUGAUCAUCUAUUUCUAUUAUAAUAUUGGUAAAUUAAAGAAACACCAAACACACACAUCGUAAUGACAAAUUUAUUAAACAACGUCAUAAGGGAUUUCACGUGAUGUAUUUAGAGAUAUAACAAAAGUUAUGCGACACAUACAUAUAUAAUACACAUAAAGUGUGAUCGAAAAUUUCGGCGAGAUAAACUGUAAAAAUCUACUAAAUAGUAUAUUGCGAUCAGUUUUUUAGAUUGCAUUUAAUUAGAAACAGAAGUUAACAUAUCGAUGUGUAGUUUUGGAAGAGUAUUAUAUUAUUUUUUAAAGAAGAAAAUAUUGAAUUAAAAUUUUAAUAUAAUUUUUUCUUAAUAGAUACCAAUUUUCUCGAUUUUUUAAAUCAUGCGUUGUACAAUAUGUUAACAUAUGUGAGCAGUCUAUUAAAAUUAAUUGCCAAAGUAAUUCGUUUAAAGCAUAUGAACACUAUUAAGUGUAAGAAGUAAAAAAAGUUAAGAGUAAUAUUUUAUUCAUAGCAAACUUUUAUCUACAAUUUUCUAUAUUCUUUCUGAUAUUAAUUAUUUGUAUUAGAUUUUUUAUUAUACUGUAACUUUUUUUAUUAUAUUGGAAUAAUUUAAAACUGAAAUAUUCAUAACUUACAAAUUUUGUUUUUUGAAACAUAAGAAUAUUUAUAUUACAUUUCAGAAAAAUAUGCCUUCCUUUUUCAAAUUCUACUCUUGAAGUUAUCAUAUAUCAAUGUAGAGAGAGAUCUAAAUAUUUUACUUUUUUAAAUAUUUUUUUUUUUUUUAUUGUAAAAUUAUUAGAUUAGAUCGUGUAUUAGAAGUAAUCAUGUUUCUCAAAUGUGAUUUGACAUUCCACAAGAUACAGUGAAAUAGUUAAAACUAUUGGCAAUUCAUUUUAAUAAAAAUUAUUUAUUUAAUUGGAAUACUCGUAAAUUUUUUAUUCUUUGAAAAUUAUAAAUUACAUUCAGCACUCUUACAUUAACGGAAAUCUUUAUAGAUUGAAAGUAAUAAAGAAUACAGUUGUAGAUAUUGAAAGAUUCAAUAUUGCUACAUUAUACUGCAGAUAAAAAAAUAUAAAUGCUUGUUUAUUAUUUCUUUUUUGUAUUUUAUUAUUAUCUUGCCUAUUAUUUUAUUACAAAUUGAUAAGUACCUAUAAUACAUUGUUCUAACAUACAAAAUAAUAAAAUAUAUAGAUUUUACAUUGUAUACAAAACUAUGUUAGAGUCUAGCGAUACUUGCCUAUUUACUAUAUUUGUGACAUAAAUAUAUAAUUUGCUGAAAAAAUUAUUUAUUCAAUAAUCAAAAUUUCUUUAAUAUUAUUUUUAAUAUUUUAUCUCAUUAAACUGAUUGAUAUAUAUAUUAUUAAUAUCUACUAUUUCCAUUCGCGAAUAAUAUAAACAAAAAAUCAAGAAAUAUUUAAUUAUAUAUUUGACAAGUAAAUAUACAAAAAGAAUUUGUAGAAAAAUGUUUCAUGCAAUGUUUAUUUUUAUGUAAUGUUUAUUUUCAUGCAAUGUUUAUUUUUUUCUUUCUCAAACUCUAGUCUGUAUUAUAUUUAUAUCGCUUUUAUAUUUAUUUAUUACAUUAUUUAUUGAUGAUAAUAUUAUUUAUAUUUUUAUAGUUUUUUUUUUAUAUUUUUGUAACAUUUCCAUUUCUCAUAUUCAUGAUUAUUAAAACAUACAAAAAACCAUAUUUACUAUUAAUUUAUAAUUUAUAUAAUUCUGUCAUUUAAUUAAUAAUAUUAUUUGUACUAUGAUUUAUUAAUGUAUAAUGUAAUUCUGGCUAAUAAUUCCAAUAUUUCAGCUGUAUUCUUUAGAUCUUUUCUUAAAAAUUUGAUAUAUAAAUCUCUUAUAUAUACUUACCCUUAAUACAGUCUUCCACUAAACAUCACGCUCUAUAUACUCUGUAAUUGUAUGUUUGUUAUUUAUUUAUUAACACGAAUUUAUUUUUAUUAUAGCUGUGUAGAAAAUAUUCCUGUACAUGUUGAUCUCGAAGCUAUACAAAUCCUUUGUACACACACACACAUAUACACAAACAUGCUCUCUUUUAAUCAUUCCUUUUGAAAUAGGAUGAUGUUGGACUUUGAGUCUUAUAUGUAGUUCAGACUACUUUCCGCAUAUGUAUUAGUAUAUGUAGUUAAACUAAUAUCAUCGAACAUUGUGUACAGGAACAGUAAUAUAUCAUGAAAAUGGAUAAUUGAUUAAGAUAAACAAUUUAUUACAAAUAAUAAGAGAAAUAAUUGAAUAUUCAUAGCUAUACAUAUAAACAUAGAUAUACAUAUAAUCUGUAUCGUUCAAUUUUCCCAUGAUUUGUUACGAUUAACUCUAAUAUUGUUAUUUAUAUCGAAGAAUGAUUUAUUGAGAAAUUGCAAAUAGUUUUGUUAUUGAUAUUAUUUCAUCUAUAUGUUUUAACGCAAAAUGAUUACAAUCAAUCUAUGUCUCCUUUGUCAUAAUUGGUCCCAAAAAUUCAAAUUCAUUAUCAAACAAUUCAAAUUCAUUAUCACAUCAAGAAGAUUACCCAAUCGAUUUGAAUUGCUUUCAUUUCUUUCAGUUUUUUUUUUUUUUUGAAUGCAUGAAUAAGACAUAUAUAUUCUCUCUGACACAGAGAUUGGCAAUUGGAUAUUGUAAGCAUUAGUAUUUGUAAUCAAAUAUGCAUUGGAUAUGUAUUUAUUCAUACUAGUUCUUUUUUAAUUUCAAUGUAAAAUAUUUUUAAUGAUUUUUAUUAAAUUCUUUUACAAUUUUCUUUAAAAAUUUCAAACUUUUAAAAUUUCAAGGAUAUUUAGUAUGAUUAAAUAUAAUAUAAAUUAAUAAAAAUAGCGUCCUUUAUCGAGAAUAUUUGUUAAAAAACUAAAGGUUUAUUUUGUGUGAUAAAAAACAUUAUUUAAUAUAAUUUGUAAUAAUUAAUUUUAUUAAUUUUUACUAUAAAAUAUUUUAGAAAAAACUCAUGUAUGAGAAUUUAAUAUUUUAUUUCAACAACGGUCUAAUGCACAUAUAUUGCAGAAUCAGUCAGCAUUCUUUUUUCAAGUUGCCAAGCUUGUACUAGUAAACAUGUACAUAUUUAGAUAAAAAAUUAUUGUUUACAUUUUGUAUUAUUAAGAAUAUCACACACACACACACACACAAAUAAGAAAAAAAAAAAAAAAAAAACAAGACAGCAGAAAA